CAGCGCACACGGACCAAAUAGGUGCUCGUGGAUACAGCGAGACGCACGGCUCGGGACUCUACAGCGCAAUUCCAUCUCAUGGAUAUGGAUAUUUCCGUGGCUUUAUUAUACCUUUUGCUUUUUUCCAAACCAGUUUUGGCUUUUGGCACAGAUCAAGACUACCAAAUUGAUAUAAUCAAUGAACUUGACUUGGCAAAUGCUACCUAUGGAAUUACCCAAGUGGCCGGGCUUCACAAUAGCAGCAAAGCCUUCGUUUUUCGAGAUGUUGGGAGAGCCGUUCAAGCCCCGGCCCACAUCACAGAGAAAGUCAUGCAGCUAUUCAGGAGAAAAAGUGAAUUUACCUUUAUGGCCUCCAUCCAACAGAAGUCCUCAACAUCGGGUGUCAUAUUCUCCAUCCAUGAGUCGGAACACAGCUACUUUGAAUUGGAGAGCAGCGGCGUUCGAGAGGAGAUCCGUUACCACUACCGCUUCAAGGGCAAGCCCCGCACCGAGUCCUUCCCCUAUCGUCUUGCUGAUGGCCAGUGGCACAAAAUCGCCCUCACUAUAAGCUCCUCCCACCUACUGCUGCACGUGGAUUGUAACAGGAUUUAUGAGCGCGUUAUUGACCCUCCUCAGAUGGAACUCACCCCAGGAAGUGGCGUCUGGCUGGGCCAGCACAGCCACAAGCACGGCCUAUUCAAGGGUAUCAUCCAGGAUGUGAAGUUUGUUUUCGCUCCCAACGGUUACAUUACCCAGUGUCCAAACCUCAACCGCACCUGUCCAACCUGUAGUGAUUUCUUGAGCCUAGUGCAAGGCAUUAUGGAUCUGCAAGACCUACUUGCAAAGAUGACCCUCAAGUUAAAUUACGCCGAGUCCAGGCUGACGCAGCUUGAGGGAUGUCACUGUGAGAAGACUUGCAGUGCCAACGGCCUCGUCUACAGGGAUAAGGAGCUCUGGGUGGAGCCGGAAAAUUGCCGGAACUGUGCAUGUAAGAAUGGAGUAGUAGAGUGCCGCAGGAUUUUCUGUCCUCCUGCCAAUUGCUCUGAGGACUCUUUGCCAGUACAUGUGGAGGGGACCUGCUGUAAGAAAUGCAGACCAAAAUGCAGUUACAUGGGGCAGGUCUUUUCUGAGGGUCAACGUGUUUUAUCCAGGAGCUGCAGGGAAUGCAAGAAUGGUCUGAUGGUGAGAGUCACAGAAACCUGCCCAGAGCUCAACUGUUCUGUCAGUGAGCAGAUAUUAAGAGACGGGAGAUGCUGCAAUGUUUGUCAAGGUUAUGAUUUCUGCGCCGAAGGGGUCAUCUGCGGGGAAAACUCUCUUUGUAAAAACAAGGACACUAAAGCGGAGUGUGAAUGCAAGAGCGGCUACGCUUCCAUUCACGGCGACUCGACUUACUGUGAAGAUAUUGAUGAAUGUGCAACCCAGAUGCACUACUGUCAGUCCAACACGGUGUGCGUCAACCUACCCGGCAGCCAUCGCUGUGACUGUUUGCCAGGCUUCACCUGGGUGGACCAAUACUCAUGCACAGAACAUGAUGAGUGUGCCAGUCGUCAGAACUCGUGCGAUGAGAAUGCGAUCUGCACCAAUACCGUUCGAGGACAUCUGUGUAGCUGCAAGCCGGGCUACGUUGGGAAUGGCACCAUCUGCAGAGCUUUCUGCGAAGAGGGGUGCAGGAGCGGCGGGACAUGUGUGUCCCCCAACACGUGUGUUUGUCCUUCAGGAUUCACAGGACGAUAUUGUGAGACGGAUAUCAACGAGUGCGCGGAGGGCCUGAUUGAGUGUCACAACCAUUCCCGCUGUGUCAACCUCCCCGGCUGGUACCACUGUGAAUGCAGAAGCGGUUUCCAUGACAAUGGCUCCUAUCUGCUUGAUGGGAGCUCAUGCAUUGACAUCGACGAGUGCAUUGCGCAGAAACACUCUUGCUGGAACAACAGCGUGUGCGUCAACCUACCGGGAAGCUAUGACUGCGUGUGCGCGUCGGGUCCGGGUUGCACCGGGGACUGCCCGCAAGCGGAGGGCAUCAUCCGAAGGAACAGGGAAGACUGGAAACCCAGCUAUGACAUCUGCACUAUUUGUUCCUGCAAGGAUGGCCAGACAUACUGUCGAAGGAAACCCUGUGACUGCGCAGACCCAGAGGAGGAUCUGUUCUGCUGUCCCAGUUGCGAUAACAGACCCAGCAGCCAAUGUUUGGACCAGAGCGGCCGUACACUCUACCGGAGCGGCGCGUCUUGGCUGUAUGGCUGCCAGCAGUGCCGCUGCAUGGAGGGCGAGGUGGAUUGCUGGCCUCUGGUUUGUCCUGUGCUGAUGUGCGAGUACACGGCAGUGGCAGAAGGCGAAUGCUGCCCGCGCUGCGUCACAGACCCCUGCCUGGCCGACAGUUUGUCUUACGACAUCCGACAAACGUGUUCGGACCACGCCGGCGUCACGCGCCUCAGCGGGGACGCGUGGCAGAUGCCCAACUCGCCCUGCACCGGCUGCAUGUGUAAAAACGGAAACGUUUGCUGUUCGCUGGAUCUCGACUGCCUCCAGAACAACUGAUGCUCUUCAUCUUCUGGUGAUAUUUUUUCCCCACUAUCUUUCCCUGACUCCUCCUUUCGCCGAAGGGCAGCCACGCCCCGCUUCCCAUUGCCAAACAACUGGAGCCCCUUUUUUUUUUUUUUUCAAGGGGGACAAACUCUUUCUUGCACAUCCUUGUGUAUGCCGAUGUGUGCACCGAAAAUACAAACACACACUGGUUGAGACGUUGGGUUAUCCCCCCCACCUGACAUUGUUGGCAGGACUUGACUGCGAGUCGUAGCUCCACCCGAGGAGCUUGUGGUCGAAGCUACUCACAUCCCCUGCUGUAUGUCUUCAUCUUUUCUUCUGUUUCACAAACAAAUAUUUUGGCUUUUAUCUUUUCAGGCCCAAACUAGACACAAGGCGCUGAGAGCUGUCAAUCAAAGUUUGAAGAGCCUGCUAAUGAGGUCAAUAAGAAUGUUGUCCGAUGCGAUUUGUUUUAUGGCUCACUAUUGAGUGGAUUCAUAAUUUUGGGGGGAAUUAUUUUCAUCAGUUGUAUUUGUUUCAGUUUUUCAAUCCAAUGCAGCCCACAAAAAGACAAAAGUUUUGAUGCCUAUAAUGAACGAGAAUUAUAUUGAGCAAUAUUUAAGUUUAAAACAUGAACAGAAUAGGGCAAAGGGAUGGUUGAUUGGAUGUGAAGGAAGAAAUAUGGCUGCUUCUGGUAAUUGUCAAAUAGCAUAAACAUUUCUCAGCAAUAUCUAAUGAAGUAACAUGGAUUUAUUCUUUGCAAUACCCCGUUUUACCUGUAGGAGCAAUAGUGAGUUAUAGUAGCUUCCAGUCAGCCCUCGGUUGAGUGGAUGAGAUGCGAAGGAAAAAAAAAUUGUUCAAACCACGGUUUUUGCGAAUCACAAUGAGGUUAAAACAAAUAAAUUUCAUCUUUUUUUCCCCUUCAUAGUUUUCAAGCAGCAAUGAUCCCAGCAAAAACCUGAGCUAUGCAAAUCGAAAAAUCUAUGAAAAUGGUACGACUGACAAAUUAACACUGGGCUCAAAUUAAUCUCAUUAUUUUCUUUUAACUCAUUUGUUAGCUAAAAAAAAAUACAUCUUCUUACAUACAGCAAUUUUAGAUGCAACGUGUACAUAUUUGUAAAAAUGUCUAACUCUUCAAAACCUCAUUUGAUUCCAUUUUAUUUUUUAAUCACACACUCCUUUUGUGCAUCGAAAUAUUUAAGUCUCCCCCAGUCUAUGGGCAUUUUAAUCCUUGCGGACCUCUCAGUUUUGAGUGAGCUCUUCGUAUUUACGUCUGUAAUUCUUUCAUAAGCAUCCUCUGUGCUUAAGUUGUCUGUCAAAUAACCACACGUGAUUUCCACAGUGGGUAGCGGUCGGCCCCACGACAUUGAUUAAAUUGCCGGACAUUGCCAGAUUGCUCUGUCAUUCCCAAGGUGGCCCGGCUCCUCGCUGUACACACACGCAUUGACAGCAAGACACUAAAAAGGAGGAAAGAGUUAAUUAAAAGACCCCAGUCGUGUGCUUUCCAGUAUGCCAGCGGGUCACCGUGUGUCGAAUCUGUUUACAGACGGUCAGGCUCAUUAAGACACAAAAUGUCAGUGCUCUUUCUGCAACACUACAUAUGUUCUGGCUCUAUUUUGGCUUCUGUUGUCUUCUCCAUCAUGCUGAUGUUUGUCUUGAGAGGGCUCGUUUCCCUUGAGCGUCCCUUUCAUCACACUUUGAGUCUGUCGCUGUUGGUAAUAUUGCUUUUUCACCCCCAAAAUGUGAGAUGGAUUGCCAAGAGUGUAUUUGUAGUCGAACGGCUAAGUACCGAUACUGGAAUGAAAUUCUUGUCAGAUUCUCUUGGACCGUGCUUUGGAACAUCUGCCAGUUAUUUGGUACACUUGUCAGUCAAAUCCGGAAUACGCAACAUUUGGAACAGGAUUUAGUUAGUUCCCCCCAAAGAAUCAAUGGCAGAUAUUUUAAAGAAAGACUUCCAUAUUUAAAUAUAAUAUUUUCCUUAAAUAUGCAUGACAUAAAUCGGAUAUUGGUACUUCGUAUCGGUACUCGCCCAUCAGUGACUUUAUGAAUUGCGUUUCUGUACUGUGGACAAAUUCACCCUGGCAACUUCCACGGUUCAUUUGUUAGUCCAUGUAUUUAUUUAUUAAUCUAUUUAUGUAUUCCUCUUUUUUAUUUUGUUUAUGAAGAGACCAA